GAGACCGGUGGCUGGGCCUUGGCUGCUGCUGCUGCUGCUCUUCCUCCUCCAGUUAACGAUUCGCCAGGCUCCGGGGCUUCCUUUUUUUUCCUCGUGGGCCAACCGGAGAGCACCUAGAUGGCAGACCUGGAGGACCAGCUCUCCGGUGAGGAGAAGGUGCGCGUAGCGGCAAAAUUCAUCAUCCAUGCUCCACCAGGAGAAUUCAAUGAGGUCUUUAACGAUGUUCGAUUGCUACUUAAUAAUGAUAAUCUUCUCAGGGAAGGAGCAGCGCAUGCAUUUGCCCAGUAUAAUUUGGACCAGUUUACUCCAGUUAAAAUAGAAGGCUAUGAUGAACAGGUUUUAAUAACAGAGCAUGGUGAUUUGGGCAAUGGAAAAUUUUUGGAUCCAAAAAACAAGAUUGCUUUUAAAUUUGAUCAUUUACGAAAGGAGGCUACAGAUCCAAAGCCUCAUGAUGUUGAAAAUGCAAUUGAGUCAUGGCGAAACUCCAUAGAAACAGCAAUGAGAGCAUAUGUGAAGGAACACUAUCCAAAUGGUGUCUGCACAGUAUAUGCAAAAACUAUUGACGGACAUCAAACAAUUAUUGUAUGCAUCGAAAGUCAUCAGUUUCAAGCAAAAAACUUUUGGAAUGGUCGUUGGCGAUCAGAAUGGAAAUUUACAAUAACCCCUUCAACCACCCAGGUAGCUGGUAUCUUAAAAAUUCAGGUUCAUUAUUAUGAAGAUGGAAAUGUUCAGCUAGUGAGUCAUAAAGACAUACAAGAUUCUCUAACAUUGACUAAUGAAGCCCAAACAGCAAAGGAAUUUGUAAAGAUUGUAGAGGCUGCAGAAAAUGAAUACCAGACCGCUAUCAGUGAAAAUUAUCAAACAAUGUCGGACACUACUUUCAAGGCCUUGCGCCGACAACUGCCAGUUACUCGCACAAAGAUUGACUGGAACAAAAUACUGAGCUACAAGAUUGGAAAGGAAAUGCAGAAUGCUUAAAAUGAAGUUUUAUUUGAACUAUCAGAAGACUAUCGGAAAAUCAGCUGCUUUUCCAGAGGCUGCCACAUCUAUAUCUUUUCAGAAUAUCAAUUCCUUUUUUCCAGCUCAUUUUUAUAUUGCAUAUAAGUCUAUUUGGACUACUUAGGAAGCAGAAGUAAGAUAUUUCAAUAAUAAGAUUUUCUGGGCACCCUCUUCAUGAUCUAUUUGUUCCAGGCACAUUCCAUUAUGAGAAGGUCACAAAGUGUAGUUUUCUUCCCAUACCACAUUAGGUACCAGGUGCAAAAAAUAACAAGGAAUUAGAUUUAAAGUUAUGAUUCCUAUUAAGCUGUACUUUCUAAAUAUCACAUAAUGUCCCUUGAAAGCUGAUAUAAAUAUAUUGUAUAGUUUUGCAGUAUGGUAAAAUGAAACAAGGUCAGAAUAAAAAUCGUUAAGCCUUGGUAGAAGAUGGCUCUUACAUUAGGUUCAAGAAGUCUACCUUUGUUAACAAAAUAUUGAGCAUACAUGUAAGACUUCAUUAGAUCUGGUUACAUUCUUUGAUGAUACCAUAUCCACUCACACCAGUAUACCUAGUAGAUCCCAAAUUUAGAUUGGAAAGCUACAGAUACUGUGAGAGGAAUCUUAGUUCUUCAGUGUGAAUAUCAAUAAUAUAACCAGAGGAAACCGGUACUUCCAUUAGGAAAAUCCUUAAAUUUCUGCAUUAAAUAGCUCUGUGAAAUCUCUGAAGUAAGCUAAAAGGAGGAAGUUGUAUAUGGAAGAUUUUUAAGUGGUGCAUGGUAUUUUUUUUGUACAAUUCUAUUUUACAAAAUAGUAUUUCAGUUAUCAUUAGAAUUGUAAUAAAUGAAAUUUCCUAAAAUAUAAAAUAUCAUAAAUUAUCCUAUUGUAUUAUCUUUUAAAAUAUUUUGUUAACAUUUAAAAUAUUCAAGUUUCAAAAAGUAGAAUGCUGUUUGAUGUAUCUAUCCUGAGUAUACAAAAAAAAUCCAAACAACUUGCGCAGAACUACUGUCCAAUAAAUUUACAGUUUAUUUGCCA